GAUAAGAGCAGAUGAAAGCCUGUGUGGCAGCAGCGCCUGCAGCUGAGAAGGAUUCCAGCCUCCACCUCGGGCCUGCCUGCUGCUGCUGUCAGCCUGCAAUUUCCUCCAAGGCUCUGAAUUGGGCCGUGUGCAACAGAGGGCUGGGAAGAGCCUCUAUAUAUUCCUCAGAGGGAGAGGCAGUUCCAGACAGUUUUGAAGUGUUGAGACUCUCUCUGCUCAAAGAAGUUAUACUCAAAGUCGAGGAGCUAAGCCAGUUGCCAAAAUGUGCAAAGGACUUGCAGCUUUGCCCCACUCAUGCCUGGAAAGGGCCAAGGAGAUUAAGAUCAAGUUGGGAAUUCUCCUCCAGAAGCCAGACUCGGCUGUUGACCUUGUCAUUCCAUAUAAUGAGAAGCCAGAGAAACCAGCCAAGGCCCAGAAACCUUCGCAGGAUGAGGCCCUUCAAUGGCGUGAUUGCUUGGACAAGGUCCUGCAGAAUGACUAUGGACUUGCCAGUUUCAAAAGUUUCCUGAAGUCUGAAUUCAGUGAGGAAAACCUUGAGUUCUGGUUUGCCUGUGAGGAUUAUAAGAAGAUCAAGUCCCCCGCCAAGAUGGCUGAGAAGGCAAAGCAAAUUUAUGAGGAAUUCAUCCAGACGGAGGCACCUAAAGAGGUGAAUAUUGACCACUUCACUAAGGACAUCACGAUGAAGAAUCUGGUGGAACCUUCCCUUAACAGCUUUGACGUGGCCCAGAAAAGAAUCCAUGCCCUGAUGGAGAAGGAUUCACUGCCUCGCUUUGUGCGCUCUGAGUUUUACCAGGAGCUAAUCAAGUAGCAAUGUAGUCAGGCUAUGAAAGUCAUCAUGAGUUACUUCCUUCACGAUAACCCUGUAUUUGCUAGUAACCUGCAUACCUGCCCACAGCAGCUUUGCUCCAAGAUACCCAGGAGUAUUGCUGACUCUCCUCCUCACCCCCACAUUGUUUUGGGUGUUUAACUAUUGUCCAAAUGCUUUCUUUCCCAACUUUCUUCUUCCUGCCCCAUUCUUAAUUGAUCUCUCCUCAGUUAAUAGACCCAAGGAGAACCACAGAAAAAUUCUGACUCGGGCAAAGGGUUCUAAAACAGAAUGUAUCACUAAAUGUGGCAGUAGAUGUCCACAUAAACUGAUCUGAAAAAGAUUGUGGAUGUGGAAAAACCAAUUACAAGGAGCUUAACAGAUUUCCCUUAUUCUGAUCCAUGGAAAUCAUGCUUCUAAUUUCUGAAUUUGGUUAGUAAAACAUGAUAUGAUUUUUAUGAGACAGUCAAUAUUUGAUAUCUGAAGCAAAUUGUGCAUUCUUUAAAAUAUUGAUCUUCUCUUGAAGCACCCUCAUGUUACCUGGAUAUAAGAGACACAACACAACCAUAAAAAUAUGGUGUUUAUACCAAAUCAAUCUAAACACAACCUACAGUCAUUCUUUCCUUAUAUCUUCCUCACUGCCCACCCCCUAACAAAGUUACCAAAUUCUGUUUUAAAUCAACAACUGAAGGUCAAAAAUUAAUGAUUUUAUAAAUGUGUCUAUGACUCUAGGAUGUAGGUCAAAUGUUUCAGUUUCCAAAUUAUUUGAUAUCUUUGUGGUUACAAAAUUCCAAGGUUUCUGAUUCUAAUCAGGUAAAACACAACUGUUGCUCCAAUGGGGUGGUCUCCCACCUCAACAUCAAGAGGGCUAUACUAAAAAGGGAAAUUGUUGUCAAGCUUAGACAGCUAAUUAUCCUAUGUUGCUGUCACCAUAGAACAAUGAUAAUUAUCUUCAAAACACCAUCAUCCUUAGAAAACUUAAUGUGAUUAUAUAGAGAGGGUUUUUCUAAGAGAUUUCAAGCAUCCUGCCUUUUGCAAAAUGAAAAUAAUAAUAGUAAUAAUGUGAUCUAAUCUUCUUUCACUAUUUUGCUUCCUGCAUUAGAAAAUUGUGCUUCUAGUCAAAAGUAUAGAUUCAUACUCCUGAUAUGCCUCAUACACAGCUAAUUGACAGGCCAUGAUAUUCUUAGUAGGUUUAAACCUCUAACUCUGUAUUUUAUUAUUAUAAGUUUUGCUAGAAUUUUUUCUAAUGUUUAGUAGAUUUUAUUAAGUAAUAAUACACACAAUUUAGUGAUAAAUAAAAUCAAACUAAACCAUGUAUGAGGGUAAUCAAGAUAAGGAUAGUGAGUUAAUUCAAAAGGAAGAGGGUGUUUUUUAAAGGAUCAAUAAAAUUCCGAAAUGUUGAAGUAGAAGAUUACAUUGUUUAUUUUUGUUUUUCUCUUUUUUGUUUCCAUUUUUACUCCACACACUCCUGGUUUCCCAUAGGUAGCUCAUUUAUUCAGUUAUUUACUAAGAAUAUUGAAAAUGAAGAAACUGUGUUACUCUGUUCUUCAGAGAAAUACUAACUGUGCUUGUUGGAUUUUGUGAUUUCAAGGAUCGUAUGCAUUUCCUGUAGACUUGCCACUUGACAUUCUGAAAAUCAGUAGAGUGACUGGGUCGGCAGCCAGUAAGUGUAUGAAUUCAUUCAUCUUUGUCAUUAUCACCCACUUCAAAGAAACUCCUUCCUCAGGCAAUUCAGGGUGAGGCCAGAUCAGCACUGUGAUCAUGAAGUUCUCAACAUAUGCAUCUGCCUAGGAUUGACAAAGAACUCUGAUACAAAUUUCCAGGGUGUACUUCCAGAACCAUCUUCUUUAAUAUCUUUCUGCACAGCCCCAAAUCGGUAGGAAAAGCGCUAGCCUUUUACUUCUUAAUGCAGCUAAGAAUGUUAGGAACCUCCCAAAACUAGGUGAGUCAUUUUUUUUUUUUUUGAAUGCCAAAACUUUCUCAAGAAAAAAGUAAUUUAAUUAACAAUUCAAAUAUUUUAUCCACAUUGUUUCAAAUAUCCAAAUGUUUGAAUAUGCUGAGAAAAUGAAUUAGAUCCUAAAGAUCUCACCCACGUAAUUGAUGUGGAAGAUUCCAAUGAACUUACUCACAAGUUGACUACACACCCUAUGAACGUGGGAGGGCUUGUCAGGGGAAAAAAACUCUUUUGCCUUUUCAUAAGCUGAAUCCAGAAGGCAGAGGGCAGCCAAGUGGGUGCCACAAAUGCAGCAAGGGUUGCAAAAAGAAUGAGAGAAGGGGUGACAAAGUGAGACUCUGUCUCUAAAAAAAAAGAGAAUGAGAGAAGGAAUGUCCUUCGGUCAUAAUGGUGAUGUUAUCUAUAUCCAUCCACCUACAUUUAAUUUGAAAUUUAAAGCAGAUGCAUUCACACUUACAUGCACAUAUUAAAAACUCUUCUUCUAGCAUAGGAAGAAAUAAAAUUAAAAAUACAAAUAUUCUAUCCCCAAAUGAGAAACUAAACAGCUCCAGAAAAUUUCUUUGAAAGCUUUUGAAAGUUGUUUGAAACUUAGCAAAGAGAGGGAGAGAAGAAAAAAAAACAAACAAACCCCACCUGUAUUACUAGUAGUUUCCAUGGUAAUACAAAACAAAUACAUUCUUUUCAUUCUGGGAAAUCAGAAAAAGUGAAAUGAUCUUUCCAGGAAAAAACAUGUGUAACAUCAAUUUAUCUCUCCCUUUUCCUCCUCCACCUCCCUUCACUCUCCCUUGAGUAAAUUGCCUGGGAAAGUAUGAAGCUUGAUGCAACAGCCCCGUGGUGCUUGUAUUUUCCUCUCUGGAGAAAAAGUAACUACAGUUGUGAGUGAAUUUGGGAUGUAGAAAAGUGGUGGGCCCAAACUGUGGUCAAUGGAAACAGGAGUCUAUGCUUCCAACUUCUGAGAGAAACUUAAGAUUAGCCCACGUACAGCCCAUCACCUGUUUUUCUGCCUGGGCUUGAUAUAAUUUGGGGUUAAGGGUUUGGUUCAUAUUAAGAUCUCCAUUGACCAGGACACAGAGACUAACUAUGGACUCUACAGUUACUUAGGAGGCUACGUUCCAUGCUUAUCUGAUAAAGCAAGAUUUGUUCACAUAAACUUCAGUUCACCUUACCCUUCACACACACACACAUUUUCUUUUUCUCAGACACCUUUUGAAAUGCAGAACUGAGACAUUUCAGUGACUUUGUUUUCAAAUCAAUAAAGUGAAAUAUAUGGAAACAUUUUGUGCCCAACUCCCCAUACCUCACAGACUCCAAUUCUCUGUUGUAUAAAUUAUGAUUUAAGUAGAUUUUAGUUUUUACUGCAUAAAGAGAAGAACUUAGUGAAAGAAUUUGCUUUUAUUUCUAUCCUCUACAAAGCCAUCGAUUUUACUUGGUUGAUGUGAUCUCUGCAUGCAAUAUAUUUCAAUACGAUGAAGCUAUUAAUUAUUUCCCCAAGGAUAAUAGAUGUGCAGAAGUUUUAAUAAAAACUCGACCACUGACAAAUCAAUGGAUAAACUAAGAAGCAUUCCCUUCUAGGGCUUUGCCUAAAUAUUUAUCCUAUAACGAAUUUGAUAAUUUGAGAUUUAUUUUAAAAUCUAGUUACAUUUCAAGGAAACGGUUUCCAUUCCUGAAACUGUUCCCUCUAGCAGACCAUUCCCCCUGUUUCCUGGGAAUUUAGCAAGUUUAGAAGAGAGAAUGGGUCAUGAGACAAAAAGGGAGAAAGGAGAGAAGGGAAGCAUCAAAGAAGUGAGUACCCAGACCUAGGAACUUCAUUCAUUUGAAAGGAAACUUUUAAGAGCAAUUCAGCUUGAUUAAAACCCAGACUACUUCUUACUGUCAUCGUCCGUAUUUACGGGAAGGCAUUUCUUGACUCACAACACAAGUAGAUGAGAAAAUUCAUUUUAACAUCCUAGAAAGCCUUGAGUCAAGAAAAGAACAAAUAGGGAAGACCUCCUCUCCCCAUUUGGCUUGCAUGAGCCAGAAAGCAGAGAAUGGAGAAUGUGGUUUCCAACCUCCAAGCAUCCAAACCCAAGGGCUGAGCAACUAUGCGUAGGUUUUCCACUGAAGUCUUGGUACAGCUUAGUUAUGUCCUGACUGAACUGCUGUUAGACCUUCUGGUUUUCCAGUCUCUUCAUUCUAUUAGACAACUUUGUAUUUAACACUUGCUUGGUACAAGGCUUUUAAGUUAAAAAUUUAGCAGCAACGCUGAGUGAUAAACAUACUCUUCACCAAAUAGGUCUGGUAGCAAAUCAGAACAAUAGAUACUCAAAGAAAGGCUUUCCCAGCACCUCUUAACCAUCCUCAAAUUAAAAAGGUCAACUUUUCCAACUGAGGAGACACUGAUGGCACAGAAUGGCAGAGAGUGAUGGGCCAAACAAACAGACAAAUAAAAGCAAAACAUUUUGGAAUACUACCCUCACCUCACAGUUUGAUAAUAAUCUUACGUUUCUAGAAGCUAAAAAACUAACUUCUUAGCAUUCAUAUCCAGUUUAAUAAGCCUCUUGCAAGUUACCUAUUCUUUCACCUGAGAUGUUUUCCCUCCCCACUUCAUCCCUAUACCUCCCUUCCUCUUCUCCCCCUGCAAGAGAAAUUACUUAAAAUAGUUGGCUCUAACCACAGUUAUAUAAUAAUACCUUAAAAGCAUUUAACUUCCUAAUGUAGGAAAAGGUACAAUUUAAAGCACAGACAAAACAAAAACAAAGGCUGAGAAAUUUGCCACGGAAGACAAGUAAUCUAAAUGAUUUUUGCCAAAACUUCUUUUUAUGUUAUAUAGUAUCAGGAUUUGAAGGAACAAUUAAAAAAAAAAAAAAAGAAAGAAAGAAAAACAUGUUACAACUUCCAGUUCAUCUGCAUGAGGCAGAGGCAGGAGAAAUGAAAGGUUUAUCACUCCAUUUGUGAGCUUUUUCUUGUAUGUUUUUAAUUUAGGAACCAUCGUGAUUAUCUUCUGAUUUUUGUAUCCAAUACUUUAUGUACUCUGUGACUCACAUUUCUUGAUGAAGCACCAAACAUGUAUCUGUAACUCCAAUCACGUAUAUUAAAUAUAUAUCUGUACAACAGUC